GCAGUGCCUCUUCGUUCGUAACUUUCGUGAUCGUGUUGGAUUUGAACAGCCCACUUUUGGAUUAAAUCAAUCUGUAUUGUGUUCAACAACAGACUGUCCUUGGAGACAACUUCUGAGCCAUGGAACCGAAUGAUCCAGAUUUCAAGUACCUUGGCGUCGAUCGCAAGGCACUGUUGAAGGAACUAGCCAACUUCGACUCCAAGAAUGUCAUCUGGGUCGAAGACGAAAAGGAAGGUUAUAUCCUGGCUGAUAUUGUGGAGACGAGUGGAGAUACAAUUACUGUCAAAUUGAAGGAUGGUGUGGAAAAGAAAGUCAAGAAGGAUGAUGCCCAACAGGUCAACCCUCCGAAAUUCUUUUUAAUCGAAGACAUGGCCAACUUGACCUUCUUGAAUGAUGCCUCCGUCUUAGAGAACCUACGAGCCCGAUACUACCGACAACUCAUCUAUACCUAUUCUGGACUGUUCUGCGUCGCCGUUAACCCGUACAAGCGGUUUCCAAUCUACACGGCGCAAGUUGCAUUGAAAUACAAAGGCAAAAGACGAUCUGAGAUGCCUCCGCAUAUUUUCUCAAUCUCAGACAAUGCCUAUCACAACAUGUUGCAAGAUCGUGAAAAUCAGUCCAUAUUGAUUACCGGAGAAAGCGGUGCCGGUAAAACGGAGAAUACGAAAAAAGUCAUCUCUUACUUUGCUAUUGUUGCCGCCGCUCCCAAAAAGGAUGAUGAUGAAUCUAGCAAGAAGGGAAGUUUGGAAGAUCAGAUCGUCCAGGCCAAUCCUGUUCUUGAAGCCUACGGUAAUGCCAAAACAACCAGGAACAACAAUUCCUCCCGAUUCGGUAAAUUCAUUCGAAUUCACUUUGGGACAACGGGAAAAAUUGCUGGAGCCGAUAUUGAACAUUACCUGCUCGAGAAGUCCCGCGUCGUGUCUCAGAUGAAAGGAGAACGAAAUUAUCACAUUUUCUAUCAGCUUCUGUCUGAUUACGGGAAAAAAUAUCACGACAAACUCCUGGUAGCUGCUGACCCCGGAUUGUACUCGUUCAUCAAUCAAGGUGAACUCACAAUUGAUGGUGUGGAUGACAGCGAAGAAAUGCGCCUUUGCGAUGAAGCCUUCGAGGUUCUCGGUUUCUCAGAAGAGGAGAAAAUGUCCCUCUACAAAUGCACAACUUCAAUCUGCAACUUGGGUGAAAUGAAAUUCAAACAGAGACCAAGAGAAGAACAGGCCGAAGCCGAUGGCACCGCUGAAUGCGAGAAAGUUGCUUUCCUGCUUGGUGUGAACGCUAAGGAUUUGAUGACCUCUUUCCUUAAGCCGAAAGUCAAGGUCGGGACGGAGUUUGUCACCAAAGGGCAGAACUUGAAUCAGGUCACGUAUGCCGUCAGUGCCUUGGCCAAGUCUCUGUACAAUCGCAUGUUCGGCUGGUUGGUUGCCCGUGUCAACAAGACCCUAGACACCAAAGUAAAGCGCCAAUUCUUCAUUGGUGUGCUGGAUAUCGCCGGCUUUGAGAUUUUCGACGAAAACGGCUUUGAACAAAUUUGCAUCAACUAUACCAACGAACGUUUGCAACAGUUCUUCAACCACCACAUGUUUGUGCUGGAACAGGAAGAGUACAAGCGCGAGAAAAUUCAGUGGACAUUCAUCGAUUUUGGCAUGGAUUUGCAAGCUUGUAUCGAUCUGAUUGAAAAGCCUAUGGGUAUCCUGUCCAUCCUGGAAGAAGAGUGCAUCGUGCCCAAGGCUACUGACCAGACAUUCUUGUCCAAAUUAUACGACAACCAUCUCGGAAAGAGUCCAAACUUCACCAAGCCCAAACCACCAAAAGCCGGUCAGAAGGAAGCACAUUUCGAGCUUCACCACUACGCCGGAUCUGUACCCUACACCAUCACUGGCUGGUUGGAAAAGAACAAAGAUCCGCUGAACGACACUGUGGUGAACUUGCUCGGAGGCAGCAAAGAUGCACUCGUGUCGCAACUGUUUGUUCCAGUAGUUGCUGAAUCGGGCAAAAAGACCAAGGGUGGCUCUUUCUUGACGGUGUCGUUCAUGCACAGGGAAUCAUUGAAUAAACUGAUGAAGAACUUGCAUAGCACCAGCCCACAUUUCAUUCGUUGCAUUGUGCCAAACGAAUUCAAACAACCUGGUGUUGUCGAUGCUCACUUGGUGUUGCAUCAGCUCCACUGUAACGGUGUAUUGGAAGGUAUCCGUAUUUGCCGGAAAGGCUUCCCAAACAGAAUGAUCUAUUCGGAAUUCAAACAACGAUACUCCAUCCUCGCUCCAAAUGUGAUUCCCGAAGGCUUCGUGGAUGGGCGACAAGUGACUGAGAAAAUAUUGGAAGCCACAAACUUGGACAAGUCGCUUUAUCAAUGCGGCAACACGAAAGUUUUCUUCAAAGCCGGAACAUUGGCCAGUCUGGAAGAUAUGCGUGAUGAGAAGUUGAAUGUGAUCAUUGCGUUGUUCCAGGCCGAAAUUCGUGGUUACCUAAUGAGGAAACAGUACAAGAAGCUGCAAGAUCAACGAGUUGCAUUGACCCUGAUGCAGCGCAACAUCCGUAAAUAUCUGAUGCUCCGUAAUUGGCCAUGGUGGCGUCUGUAUGCAAAGGUCAAGCCGAUGUUGAAUGUUGCUCGACAGGAAGAGGAAAUGAAGAAGGCAGCUGAGGAACUGGCCAAACUCAAGGAAGAAUUCGAGAAACUGGAGAAGCUCAAGAAGGAAUUGGAGGAACAGAAUGUGACAGUGCUACAGCAAAAGAAUGACCUAUUUCUGCAGCUCCAGACAGAACAGGACAGCUUGGCUGAGGCCGAAGAGAAGAUCUCCAACUUGGUCCUUCAAAGAGGUGACUUGGAAACCAGAAUCAAAGAACUGGAAGAGCGACUUGCUGAUGAAGAGGAUGCUAACAGUAACCUGAAUGAGAUGAAAAAGAAGCUUAAUGCUGAAAUCGAUGAACUGAAGAAAGAUGUGGAAGAUCUGGAAUCCUCUUUGCAGAAAGCGGAGCAAGAGAAGCAGACUAAGGACAACCAAAUCCGUACACUUCAAGGUGAAAUCGCCCAACAGGAUGAACAGAUCACAAAGCUAAACAAGGACAAAAAAGCCCUGGAGGAACAGAAUAAACGAACUCAAGAAGCCCUCCAAGCGGAAGAAGACAAAGUGAACCAUCUGAACAAACUGAAGGCCAAGCUGGAAUCAACCUUAGAUGAGAUGGAAGAAAACUUAGCUCGUGAACAAAAGGUCCGAGCCGAUGUGGAAAAAGCCAAACGAAAACUCGAGGGCGACUUAAAGGCUACCCAAGAGACUGUGGACGAUUUGGAGCGUGUGAAGCGUGACUUGGAGGAGCAGCUGCGACGAAGGGAAGUCGAAAUCGGCGGUCUGAACAGUAAGUUCGAGGAUGAACAGAGCAUCGUCGCUCAGUUACAGCGAAAGAUCAAAGAAUUACAAACCCGAAUCCAAGAGUUGGAAGAAGAUCUUGAAGCCGAACAACUUGAAGAGGUGGUCGAACGUUUGGAGGAACAAGAUGGUGUCAACGCCCAACAAGUUGAUCUGACCAAGAAGCGUGAGAGCGAACUGAUGAAACUCAAGCGAGAUUUGGAAGAUGCUCGUGCACAGAAUGAACAAGCUAUUGCCGCGAUGCGCAAGAAACAAAAUGACUCUGUCAAUGAAAUGGCCGAUCAACUGGACCAGCUGAACAAGGCCAAAGCAAAGGCUGAGAAGGAACGUAAUCAGUUCAAGGCCGAAGUUGACGAUCUCCACUCUCAGUUGGAGAGCCUGUCCAAAGCGAAGAUGAACGCAGAGAAGAACACCAAGGGUCUGGAAACACAGAUCCAAGAACUCCAUGCGAAACUUGAUGAGACAACCAACCAACUGAGUGAACAGGCCUCUGGUAAGGCACGAAACAGUCAGGAAAAUGCAGAGCUCCAGAGACAACUUGAGGAGGCUGAAUCUCAACUGAGCCAGCUUUCCAAAGUGAAACAGCAACUGAGCGCCCAACUGGAGGAAGCUCGACAUAGUCUGGAGGAAGAAAGCCGAAUGAAAGCCAAACUGAAUUCGGAGGUUCGCAAUCUCACCAGCGAUUUGGAUUCCCUGCGAGAAUCACUGGAAGAGGAACAAUCUGGAAAGGCCGAUCUGCAACGUCAGUUGCAGAAGAUGCAGGGAGAACUUCAGCAGCUGCGUAGCCGCGGUGGUGGUGGCGAUGUCCGUUCAGAGGAAAUGGAGGAAUUGAAACGACGCUUGAAUGGCAAAAUCCAAGAGUUGGAGGCCGAAUGCGAAUCGGCCAAAUCCAAGUGUGGUCAACUUGAGAAGACGAAGGCCCGUCUCCAGGGUGAACUGGAAGAUUUGAUGGUUGAUGUUGAGCGAGCGAACGGCAUGGCUAGUCAACUUGAACGUAAGCAAGCCAACUUCAAUAGAACACUGGCCGAAUGGCAGAAGAAAUUCGCUGAUUCUCAGGCCGAGCUCGAAAACUCUCAGCGUGACGCCCGUAAUCAGUCAACUGAGAUGUUCCGGUUGAAGGCUCAGUUGGAAGAAGCUCAUGAACAAAUUGAAGCUGUUCGCCGAGAAAACAAGAAUCUCAGUGAUGAGAUUCACGAUCUAACCGAGCAACUGGGAGAAGGAGGCCGCUCCGUGCAUGAAAUCGACAAGGCCCGACGACGAUUGGAGAUGGAAAAAGAGGAAUUGCAGGCUGCUUUGGAAGAAGCCGAAGGUGCUUUGGAACAAGAGGAAGCUAAAUUGCAACGAGCCCAGCUGGAAAUGAGUCAGGUUCGUCAAGAGAUUGACAGACGCCUAGCCGAAAAAGAGGAAGAAUUCGAAGCCACGAGAAAAAAUCACCAACGCGCUAUGGAGUCUCAACAAGCCAGCCUUGAGGCCGAAGCCAAAGGUAAGGCUGAAGCUCUAAGGAUAAAGAAAAAAUUGGAACAAGACAUUAACGAACUGGAAGUCAGUCUGGACGCAGCCAACCGAAACCGCGCAGAACAAGAGAAGAACGUGAAAAAGUUGCAACAACAAGUUCGUGAAGUACAAGGUCAGCUUGAAGAUGAACAACGUCAACGAGAUGACAUACGUGAACAAUUCCAGGCCGCCGAACGCCGUGCGAACAUGAUGUCCGGUGAAAUUGAAGAGCUUCGUACCGCUUUGGAACAAGCUGAACGUGGUCGAAAGAUGGCCGAGGCCGAACGUGCUGAAGCUGCCGAUCGCGCAACAGAGCUGUCAACACAAGCCGCCUCGCUCGCUGCUCAAAAACGCAAGCUGGAAGCUGACUUGGCCGCCAUGCAGGCUGACUUGGAAGAAGCGGCGAAUGAAGCUAAGCAAGCAGAUGAGCGUGCCAAGAAGGCAAUGGCUGAUAGUUCCAGAGUGUUUGAGGAGAUCCGACAGGAACAGGAGCAUACACAACAUGUUGAGAAGGCCAGGAAACAGCUGGAGCUACAGGUGAAAGAGAUGCAAGCCCGCCUAGAGGACACCGAGUCUGGAGCGGCAAAGAAUGGUCGCAAAGCAGUCGGAAAACUAGAACAACGCGUACGCGAAUUGGAAACCGAACUGGAAGCCGAACAACGACGUCAUGGCGAGACACUGAAAAAUCUACGGAAAGUUGAUCGACGAAUGAAGGAAAUCAGCAUGCAGAGCGAAGAAGACAAAAAGAAUCACGAACGUAUGCAAGAAUUGGUUGAGAAGCUCCAAGGCAAGAUCAAGACUUACAAGCGCCAAGUUGAGGAGGCCGAGGAAAUCGCCGCGAUCAAUUUGGCCAAGUAUCGUAAAAUCCAGCACGAAAUCGAGGAUGCUGAGGAGCGUGCGGACCAAGCGGAACAGGCACUGCAGAAACUUCGAGCCAAGAACCGAUCUUCUGUGUCUGCAGCCAGAGGCGUCAGCGCUGCACCAGCAGGAGCCGGUCCUGCGAAUCGAGCUCGCAAGCCGGCAGCAAGUCACCAACGCGAACUAAACUUCCAACCCAAGUGAUGCGGUCUCUACCAUUCUACGACAUCCGAUCCGCAACCCCGAAAUCUGACCUCACACUUUCCCCACUGAACCUUUCACACGUAUGCUCCCCCUCUCCCCACCCCAAACACACACGCACCGGAUCCGCACCCCUACUCACAUACAACCAUGGACGUCGCACUCCCUUCUUUUCUUUUGUCGGUUAGUCUACAUCUAGUUCCGAUUUCGUGUUGCAAAAACAGCGGUAGAAGAGGCACUAUGAAGCGAGCAGUGUACAAGAGUGUACAAUUCUUAAAGCGGUGUGUGGUGGUACUGGUGGUGAUGAAGCGCUCAUUGUUCUACGUACUGAAUUGGCUGUUCGGUAGUAGUAUAAUUUGUAUGUGAAAAUUUAGACGUAUCCUAUCACGUCUCUGGGAUCCAGUGCACCAUUGGGUGCACAGACCCACAGGAGCCUAUUUGGUGCAUUUUCGUUUUGACUAGUUUCGAUUUUUGCACGCACAAAAGUAAUUGAGCACGUUUUGUCCACCUGAUACCCACCUUCCCUGUCUCUCUGCC